GUCAAGUUGGCAUUACAGUAUUGCCCCUCGAUUGCAUCGAAGAUUAGAAAGAGUUAAGCUAUUAAGCUGAUAAGCACACGCAGAUGAAAAUUGAACCUAGUGGUCUCCUCCGCGCUUAAUCAGUCCAGUCCAAACUCCAAACGACACUAGAACAAAUGGCCGGCCCUGAAGAAGCGCGCCGGCGGCCAGCCCUGCCAUGGACAGUGCGCGCGCAGCUCGCAGCACUCUCGCUCGCGCACCGCCGCGACGGCAGCGUCCGGCGCCUCCUCUUCUCCCUCGGCGACCACCGCUCCGCCGCCAACCCUUCCCGCCCGGACGCCUCGGGCGUGCGCUCCGCCGACGUCGUUGUCGACGCGGCCACGGGCGUCUGGGCCCGCGUCUUCUCCCCCUCCCCCCCGCCGCCUUCCGCCGAGGACGCGCCGCCGCUCUCCGUCGUCGUCUACUUCCACGGCGGCGGCUUCGCGCUCUUCUCCCCGGCGUCCCGUCCCUACGACGCCUUCUGCCGCCGCCUCUGCCGCGCGCUCGGCGCCGCCGUCGUCUCCGUCGCCUACCGCCUCGCCCCCGCCCACCGCUUCCCGGCCCCCUACGACGACGGCCUCGCCGUCCUCCGCUUCCUCGCCACAUCCGCCGCCCAAAUCCCCGUCCCCCUCGACCUCUCCCGAUGCUUCCUGGCCGGGGACAGCGCGGGGGGCAACAUCGCGCACCACGUGGCGCACCGCUGGUCAUCUUCUUCCUCCUCGGCCUCGUCCCUCAAUCUCGCGGGGGUCGUCCUGAUCCAGCCCUUCUUCGGGGGCGAGGAGAGAACCGAAGCGGAGCUCGAGCUCGACAAGGCGAUCCCGUCGCUGUCGAUGGCGAUCACGGACGCGUACUGGAGAGACUUUCUCCCCGAGGGAGCCACCCGGGACCACGCGGCCGCAGCCUGCGGCGUCGGCGAGCUCGCGGAGGCGUUCCCGCCGGCCAUGGUGGCCGUCGGCGGGUUCGACCUCCUCAAGGGCUGGCAGGCUCGGUACGUGGAGAAGCUGCGUGGGAUGGGGAAGCCCGUGAAGGUUAUGGAGUACCCUGACGCUAUUCAUGGUUUCCAUGUGUUCCCGGAGAUCGCCGACUCCGGCAAGUUUCUCGAGGACCUCAAGGUGUUCGUCCAGGAGCACCGGGCCGCGAAGCUGUAGGAUUGGGAAACAAUUCAAGCAAUCCGUUGGUGUUUAACAGCUUUUACUGUUUUAUGCGAUACAGGUCAAGAUGGUCGCAUCACACAGAUAGCCCACGGGCCACUGCUAUCGCAAGUUCGCAACCGGCCGAAA